AUGGAUAGAGGAUUUCUCUAUGUCCUAAAACAAGAUGCACCAUCCCUGUCUUGUCAGAACUAUAGCGCAGUGUCUGAAUUCAUCCUCAUCGGCUUCUCCACUUUCCCUCAGCAUCUCCUGCCUGCCUUCUUCCUGCUGUACCUGCUGAUGUACCUGUUCACGCUGCUGGGGAACCUGUUCAUCAUGGCCACCAUCUGGAGGGAGCACAGCCUUCAUACGUCCAUGUACUUCUUCCUGUGUGCCCUCUCCGUCUCCGAGAUUCUGUUCACUGUCACCCCUCGAAUGCUGGUGGACAUGCUCUCCACUCACUGCUCCAUCACCUUUGUGGCCUGUGCCAGUCAGAUGUUCUUCUCCUUCACGUUUGGCUUCACCCAUUCCUUUCUGCUCAUGAUCAUGGGCUAUGACCGCUAUGUGGCCAUCUGCCACCCCCUGUGCUACCAAGACUGUGCCUGUCUUGUGUCCUGGUCCUGGGCUGGUGGCUCAGUCAUGGGGAUGAUGGUGACAUUGACAGUUUUUCACCUCAGCUUCUGUGGGUCUAAUGAGAUCCACCGUUUUGUCUGCCACGUGUUUUCCCUCUUGAAGUUGGCCUGUGGGAAGGAGACAGCCAAUGUCACCAUGGUUGUGAUCAUGGUUUGUGUCACAGCCCUGCUGGGAUGCUUAUUUCUCAUUGUCCUCUCCUAUGUCUUCAUCAUGGCCGCCAUCUUGAGGAUGCCCUCUGCUGAGGGCCGGCACAAGACCUUCUCCAUCUGUGUAUCCAACCUCACAAUAGUGAUCGUGCACUACGAUUUUGCUUCCAUCAUCUACCUCAAGACCAAGAGUCCCCAUUCUAUGGACAGUAACACUCUGAUGACCACCACCUAUACAGUCUUCACCCCCUUUCUUAGCCCAUCACUCAGGAAUAAGGAGCUAAAGAACGCCAUAAAGAGAAGCUUCUGCAGAAACUCUGUCCCCUAAGCUCUUGAUGGCCAGUUUAUGAUGAAGAAAUAUGAUAGAAAAGUUGGGAGAUAAUAAUGUCUGUCUUCAUAGAACUCUUG